AUGCAUUUUAAAUGCUGUUGUUUAUUGCAUAAUUUCUUGAAAUAUGUACAGUUUGAAUAUUAUACAGACAUAGAAAAUCUAAGGCUACUUUUUGAUCGAGUAGAUGAAUUUUUGAAAGAUCCGAAACCAGUUGACGCGGUAAGAUUCAAAUUGGAGGAACGUUUGAAGGACAAUGCGUCAAAUCGAAUACGUUAUAGUUACACUGAUGAAGUUGUACUUUCGUUGAAUGUGCCUGAGAAAACUGUUAUCGAAGCAGCCGGACCGGUAAAAACGGAUGCUCCUGUACGACCGACAGUGUCAUUUGCAGAAUGUUUGUCAGCAACUUUUGGUGAGCAAGCAAUUGAUGAUUUUCAGUCUCCAGUCACAGGAGAAGUGAAGGGAGGUGUUGUUCAACACCGUAUUGCUACUUUUCCCGACUAUCUUAUUAUUCAAAUGAAAAAAUUUGCCUUAACUCCUGAUUAUAAUGUGAAAAAAUUGGAUGUUAACGUAGAAAUGCCUAAUGAAAUCGAUUUGAAAGCAUUUCGAGGCCAUGGAAAACAACCUGAAGAAGUAUUGCUUCCACAUCAGCACGCCAAGUCUCAAUUAACCUUGGGUCGACCAAGACCUGGAAUUGAUUCAGAUGUUUUUCGUCGACUAUGUAGAUCAGGUAUUACACCAGAAGCUGCACGUCGUGCUAUUCAUGUGAGUGGGAAUAGUGGUUUCGAUUCAGCAUUAGAUUGGAUUAUGCAUAGUGUUGGUGAUAGGGACAUCAAUGAAGAACACCCUGAUCUCCAAUCAGAGUCUGAUGAUGUGGACGGGUAUGCAAUAGAGCAACUUGUACAUCUGGGAUUCUCUAUUUAUCAAGCUCGUUAUGCUCUUCAACGAGUGCAUACUGGCGUAAAUGAUGCAGCUGAAUGGCUGUUUUCGAAUGCGGACAGUAUACCUCCUGAACAAAAAAAUCAAGAAAUCAAAGAUUACUUUUUUUCGGUAGACGUUCCAAAGAAAUUUCGUGAUGGUAGUGGACGUUAUCAUUUGAUUGGGUUUAUAUCACAUAUGGGAAGUUCACCAUUUUCUGGACAUUACGUUGCACAUAUGAAGAAGGAUUCAAAAUGGUACCUGUUCAAUGACGAAAAAGUUGCAAUAUCUCAGAAUCCACCAAUAUUUCUGGGUUAUAUUUACUUAUACAAGCGAGUUGAUGAGUCUGAACAUUAA